CAACCAAAACCAGCAUCUCUCUCUCUCUCUCUCUCUCUCUCUCUCUCUCUCUCUCUCCUCAGGAAAAAAAAUUCCAAAAAUACCCUCGGAAAAGCAGAAAAAAUACAGAAAACCCCCUUUCUAGAUUAGCAACAAAAAAAAAUGGAGGCGAGCCCUCCCGUAGCGAAGAGGCUCUGGAACAUUGUACGGAUCGUCUACUAUAUGCUCCGCAAGGGAAUCUCGAAGCGGAAAUUGAUGGUAGAUCUUCACCUGAUGAUGAAACGUGGCAAGAUCGCAGGAAAGAAGGCGAUCGGCAAUCUCAUGUUCCACCACCACCCCGCCUUCAUCUGCAACUCCAACGACGGACACGUGUCCUUCGCUCCGCGUGAGUAUGAAUUCAGCUGCAGCAACAGCCCCGCCUACCCAUCCUUCCCCUUCCACGUCAGCAAGCGCAAAAACCACCACCACUACUCCUCCUAUAACCGCCGUUACGAUGGAGACGACGUGGCGGCCAGGUCAGCCUUCCAGAAAACUAUGGAGACGCCGAGCUCCGAUAUAUCGGAGGCCAUGUCGCCCAUGCCGGGUUUCGGGAAGGGCGCUGCGGUGCGGCAGUUGAGGAUAACGGACUCGCCUUUCCCGAUAAAGGACGCUGCUGACGAGGACAGCCAUGUGGACAGGGAAGCGGAGGAGUUCAUAAGGAGGUUUUACGAGCAGCUGAGGCUGCAGAAACGAAUGGCGGCCUUAGAAGCGAGGUACCAGGAGAUGAUGAUGGCCGGCUGACGGGUGAGAUUCCGGCGGAUGUGUCAGAGUAGGUGGGGGAGAAAUAAUGGGUAAUGUUAAGGUCGGUGUUGAAAUUUAGGGGUUAGGUGGUGAGAGUGGGAGUGGUUGUUAAUUUUUGUGGGUUAAUAAUUAUGUUGUGAAUCUUGAGGAUUUGUAUAUUUUGCAAAUUUUUGAGAUUUUGAUGCUUCUUUUUUUUUUUUACUUUUGGUGUUUUAAUGCACGCGUGAUUUUAAAUAUAUGGAUUAUCAA